CUCGAGCCUCUCCUCUCUCUCUCCACAGUCUCCAGUUAACAGCAGACAUGGCGACAGUGGUCCAACCGCUCACUCUGGAUCGAGAUGUUGCGAGGGCUAUCGAGCUGCUGGAGAAGCUGCAGGAGUCGGGCGAUGUCCCCGGCCACAAGCUCCAGUCUCUGAAGAAAGUCCUUCAGAGUGAAUUCUGCACAGCCAUCAGAGAGGUUUACCAGUACAUGCACGAAACAAUCACCGUGAACGGCUGUCCAGAAUACCAGGCGAGAGCCACAGCUAAGGCCACAGUCGCGGCCUUUGCAGCCAGCGAGGGUCACUCUCACCCGCGGGUGGUGGAGCUGCCCAAGACGGAGGAAGGUCUGGGCUUCAACGUGAUGGGCGGCAAAGAGCAGAACUCGCCAAUCUACAUCUCUCGCAUCAUUCCCGGAGGCGUGGCAGAGAGACAAGGCGGCCUAAAGCGAGGGGACCAGCUCCUGUCCGUCAACGGCGUGAGCGUGGAGGGCGAGCAUCACGAGAAAGCGGUGGAGCUGCUGAAGGCUGCCAAGGACAGCGUGAAGCUCGUGGUCCGCUACACGCCCAAAGUGCUGGAGGAGAUGGAGGCGCGCUUCGAGAAGCUGCGCACGGCCCGGCGACGCCAGCAGCAGCAGCUCCUCAUGCAGCAGCAGCAGCAGCAGAACCUGGCCUCGCAGCAGAACCACAUGUCGUAGGUUGCUCCAGAAGAAGAAGAAGAAGUGAAGGGGCGAGUGGACAAGUUGGAUCUCCAAAGACCAUCCGUUUGUGUCGAAGGUCCCAAAGGAAACUCUCUGUCACGGCCGGAGGACAGAAACUCGACCAAGUAAAAGACUCUUUUACUUACAGUCUCUCUUGCUUCCAGUGUUCCACCAAUUACUGAGAAAAAAAAACUAAGAGAGCCACAAAAACUGGUGCUUAGAGGGAGGCUGGCGCUGAACGUCGUUCCGUUUUUAUUUCCUUUUGUAGGUCGUUCUUCCCCCGAUUGUUGCCCUUUAUGUGUUGUUUUUUCCCCUUUCGUUUACGGUCAUCCAUGUAUGAUUGCUGACACCAUUUUUUUUCCCAGUAUCAUUUGUACAGUGGUGUUUCUAUUUGAUUCCUCAACUGGUGCUUGUGUCUCUGUACGAAUGACCAACGAUUAACUUAACUCUUUUUUACAACUUCUACACUGUAGCAAGAACAUUUUCUUUUAGAUUUAGCAAUAAGACAACACAUUCUUCGGUUUUUACAACGCUACAAUUUCCGAGCCUCCACCCGUUCAGUAGGUGCAGUAGUUUUGUGCGAUUGGUUUACAAAUGUGAAAACACUGUAGAGCAAAGUGGGUCUAAAGCAUCGUCAGGCAGCUUCUGAGUCCAAAUGUAUCCUCUUUGCCAUUUUGACGAGAUCAUUAUUGAUUUACAGGUGGCGUGUACAACUCGUGUGCAAUAACUGCGAUGAUUCGAAAUUGAUUAUUAGUUCGGAAACGCGACAUGAAUGUCAAAUAAUGCUAAAUUCACGUUUAUUUUUUUCUAUCGUAAAGUUUAUGAGAUGAGAGAUAUUUUAUGGUAAAGUUUUAUCUUCUGUUACGGAAUAUGAUGUUAUUGUUUGUGCUAAGAUUAUAAUUAUUUGAGAUUAUUUAAAAGAAAACAAUAAUAGUAAGUUGUAUAAUACAGCACAUACAGUGGGUCAUGUGAGUCGGUUCCCCGCAGUUCUGUUCUGACAAUCAUUGUGUGCUACGAUGAGAUUGUGUUGAAUGUUCUAUCUUUUUUUCUUAUUAUUAUCAUCAUUAUUUUUUUUUUUUUUUUCCUCUCUACCUGUAAAGAAAAUCAGUUUCUCUACCAAACAAUCCUAGAGCUCCGGUAUCUUCAUCAUCUCUAUCUUUGUGUUUUCUUUUUCAAUUUUCUGUAAGAGGUUUUUGUUUGAUUCAUCACACUUUACCACAGCUGCGGCUGUUUCUUCUUCUUCUCUUUAUCCCACAAACACAAAGCACAUCAUUUCUCGUAGGCUAGGAAAUGUCUUCUUUUUUUGUUAUUUUCCAUUUUUGUUUUUUUGUCCAAAUAGAGGUUGAGCAGGAAGAAAAGUCGAGACUCAUUUUUAGGAGGAAAGAUUCAUCCACCUGCGUCGUCUUAACGUUGCUAAACUAUUCCACACGCUGCAUUUCUUUAGUAGCAUUGAGGUCACGUAACGCUAAAAACCUUGGCGUUACGUGACCUCAAUGCUCGGGUUUCAAUGGGAUAUUUUGUCCGUCACUCACUCACUCACUCAUUCACUCGCUCAUCAAAAUAAAGCCGAUCUCUUUUUGUAUCUUUUACUCUUUCUUAAUUGACUUGCAUUUUUGAAGCUGAUGUUCCUGUAUUUAACGUAAAGAUUGAAAAAAAAAAAAAAACACACGACAAACAAAAUGUUGAUAUGCAAUUGUUAUACAUAAUAUAUUUGUAUAAAUAAAUCUAUGUGCUUGUGUACAGUGGA